CACUCAAAUAAAACUGUGGUAGGAGCUUCAUUGGAUUUAACGAGGCUUCACUGACCCACAAUGAGGACACUUGCAUUGCUUUCUAUGGCCCUGGCAGUUGCUUUGGGAUUGCCAUUUGAGAAAAAAGAGGCACAAGCUCCUCUUCCAGAAGCAGACCAGCGCCCUCUGGUGGGUGAUCUGUUGCCAGUGCAGGGCCAUGUGAUGGUGGAAAACCCUGCACCACAACCUGGACUGAGCAAAGAUCUCCAAGUGUCUGACUCACAUCCAGAUAUAAAGGGACAAAUGCCUUUAAGUGACCAGGAAGAGCAUGUCCGAAGUGAAUCUACUGAGGGAUCAUUAACUAAGACUGAUUUAAGUGGAGACAAGAAGGAAAUAGAACGAGAGAAAAAUUACGCACCAAUUGAAGGAGCCAAUUUAAAGUCUGGGCUUAAUGAAUUUACAGAGAAUGGAGGUGUGGGAGGCGAUCUGGAGCAAACAGCAGAGAUUAUUGAGACUGUGGUCAAACAAAAUCAAAAUAAACCCAACCAAGAGCUGCACAGAGAAAGUCCAAAAGAAACAAAAUACAACUUAGAGCAGCCAAUGAUGGAGCUGGAGCCACUGACCGAUGAGGAAAUGCAACAGGACGGCCUGUUACACCCUUCUUAUAUGGACAAUGCUGUGUAUGAAGACACAUCAAUGUUCUUGGAGUCUGAAGGCAGUGGACAUCAGUUUAUGAAAAAGCAAAAUGUACCACAAGCUGUAGCCAUGGAAGAAGGCCCUAUGUUGAUUGAACAGUUAGAAAUGCUGCCCUCUGAGGAGCAAGUGGUGCAGGGGCGGCGCUCUUGCCCUGGUGUUGUGCUUGAAGGGAAGUGUUUCCAAUUUUUCACAAACCCCAAGAAAGCCGCAGACGCAGAGUACUUUUGCCAAGAAACUUUCCCUGAUGGCCACUUAGCUGCUAUCACAAGCCCAAAUAUUCACAAUGAGAUGAUGAACCUGAUGAGGCAAAAUGGGGGCACUCGAAGAACGUGGGUUGGUGGGAUUCGCUUCUUGGAUACUGGACGUUUUGUGUGGUUGGAUGGGUCUCACUGGCUCUAUGCUGAUUGGCUGUGGGGCGAGCCAAACAAUACAUCCAAUUUAGAGGACUGCAUUGAAGUGCUGGCAUCAGGAAAGUUCAACGACUUCACCUGUUGGGAACCCCAGGCUUUUAUUUGCUCUUACCCUUAUCACUAGGCUAAAUGUCUUUAUAGAUGUUUUAUGUUGCCCACUAUUGUUUCUCACGUUGAUUGAUCAUAACAUGUAAACUUAUUGCAUGCAAAUGAAAACACAUGCUUUGAUUCUAAUACAUUUGAUGUGUUAUUUUUUUGCUUUCUGUUUAUUAUAUUGGCCUAUCAUUAGCCCCUGUACAUUAUUUUUAGUUUUAAUCUACCUAGUUCUUUUAACCAAUGAGAAGGAGACGCAGACCUGUGUGCACCUGUGUCUCAAUCAGUAGUAGUUCAUAUCAAUUUGUCUUUGAAUUGCAUCUACAAAUACAUAGCCUCACCCGCAGGUCCAUUCACACUAUAUCAUAACCUCCACUUCAUUAUAUUCUGGUACAUUUGAUUAAUAUCUUUUGUCUUGAAGCAGCUGGAUCUAUUGUAUACCAGUUUACACCUUGCAUCUAAAUAGCAGGGGCUUAACACUUAUUAAUGGCUCCACUGACACAUUGGUACUACACAUGCCACUACUGUAAAUCCUUAUGGGACUCAUGUGGGAGGGAAUUACAUUUUCCACUGGCAUACACAACCUUUCCAUGACCUCUGAACAUGAAGGUGAGGAUUAUCAACUCAGUAGUGACAACUAGUAGCUCUUUAUCCCUCUAUUAUCAUUUCUGCCUGUUCCAUGUACACGCAACACAACACAUGCAUAUUAAAUCCACCCACAACAAACACAUAGGCACAGCAUGUAACCAGUAAUCUAGUGCUUUAAAAACAUACUCUGGACCUGUGUGAGCCCAUAAGACUGACUAUUGUUCUUUUACCCGGAAAGGUGACUUCGCCUGGAUUUAGGAGAUCAGGCACCAGUGUGCAUUUCCAGUCUAUUUUUAAUAUAGGUCCAAAUGCUUUGGAGUAAAUUGAAGGGGUAACAAAUGUUAUAUUUAGACCAUACAUAUUUCAGAUCGAAGUAUUUGUAUUUGAAGAUAUGCCCUGUUUAGUGAGGUGAAUACUUUAAAAUCUUACUAAUCAUCACACGUUUAUGUUCUAAAACAAACUAGUCUAGACGACUUAUUCUAGUAUAAUAAGACAGACCAGUUAAGUAAUAUUUUCUUACGCUAACAAUUUACCUUCUGAAC